AGGAGAGGAAAGCUGAGACAAACGCAAGAGGAAGACAGGGAGUGAAGGCUAGCGAGGGAAAGUGGAUAAAGAAGACGGGGAGGUGGAGCGAGGAGUUGAUGGAUUGGAGUAUUUUUAGAAGGCAAGCCAAGGAGUAACGAGGACAAACUCGUCAGCGUUGCUUUGGUUGAUUUUCUCCCCUACGUCAGUGUCAUUUUGUAACCUUGCCCUUAAGACGCUCGUCACUCCGCCAGGCUCCAUCCCUCCAAGCGAGAAGCCGCACGUGGAAGUCGCAGAAGUAAGACCACUGAGUGGACAUGGACUACCGUUCAGUUCCGUGAGUCAAUCACUGUUGCUGAAAGCCGUGAAACGGUAGACAAGCGAAACAGUGACAACGCUGCUCUACUCUCAUUGAUUUCAUUACCUUCUCAUCUCACGUUUGUCAUUCCCUCCUAGCCCCCCGUCAGCCCCACACUGGUUUGUAUUCCAUCCUCCCUCCUCCUCCUCUGGCGUCCUCUCUCGCUCGCUCGCUGUCACACAAGCUGCAGCGCGAACGCUCUUCAAUUUCUUUCCGCUGAGUCGGCAGCGUCAGGAGGGACCAACAAGUCCGCUCAGUUAAAUAGCAGAGGGGUACUUCUUUGGGGAGUGUCCUUGCUCGAGCAGCCAGAGGGGUGUUCAUCCGGGUGUGGAUUUACCGUUUACCCUGGAGCUACAUGUGGGCCGCAGCCCCGCAAGCCGGGCUGGGAAAUGAUGCCGUUCCCGUGGUUGUAAGAGCCCUGUGGGCCGCGGUCAUGGCCCGAGAGCGGCGCAGUCUCCGGUCUCCGGAAGCCACCCGGCGGCGCGGGACACCCCGGGCUUUCACUUUUGCUCUUCUAUCACGGACACGCCUCCACGGGCUGAGGCAAGUGUGCGUCCCUGGCGGCUCUCUGGGCCGAAGAGUCUUCUGGCUCCUAGCGUUGUGCACUUCCUUAGGGAUGCUGCUGUCUUGGUCCUCCAACCGGCUACUACACUGGAUGUCCUUCCCAACAUACACGCGGGUCCACACUGAGUGGGCCAAAGAGUUGGACUUCCCCGUUGUCACCAUCUGUAACAACAACCCCAUCCGCCUCUACAAGCUCACUAAGAGCGACCUGUACUUUGCUGGACACUGGCUGGGCCUGUUGCUUGCCAACCGUACUGUCCGGCCCCUGGUGCUGGACCUGCUUCAGGAAGAUCGUGUGGGCUGGUUUGGCAAGCUGUCUGACUUUAAGCUCUUUCUGCCGCCCCGAAACUUUGAGGGCACCAAUUUGGAAUUCAUGGACAGGCUGAGCCACCAGCUGGAUGACAUGCUGCUCUCCUGCAAGUACAGAGGAGAACCUUGUGGGGCUCAUAACUUCUCGUCUGUGUUCACCCGAUAUGGCAAGUGCUACAUGUUCAAUGCGGCUGAAGAGGGCAAGUCUUUGCGCACCACAAUGAAAGGCGGCACGGGCAAUGGACUGGAGAUCAUGUUGGACAUCCAGCAAGACGAAUAUCUACCCGUGUGGGGCGACACAGAGGACACAGCAUUCGAAGCGGGAGUCCGAGUCCAGAUCCACAGCCAGGCCGAGCCCCCCUUCGUGCACGAGCUGGGCUUUGGCGUUGCCCCUGGCUUCCAGACCUUUGUGGCCACGCAGGAACAGCGGCUCACCUUUCUGCCUCCCCCCUGGGGUGAGUGCGAGUCUAAGGCUCUGGAGUCAGGCUUCUUUCAAGUGUACAGCGUGACUGCCUGUCGGAUCGACUGUGAGACACGCUACAUCGUGGAAAACUGCAACUGCAGGAUGGUGCACAUGCCUGGCGAUGCUCCCUACUGCACCCCGGAGCAGUACAAAGACUGCGCUGAGCCCGCCCUUGCCAAGUUGUCUGCAGCAGAGAGCAGCGGCUGCAUGUGUCGCACGCCAUGCAACGUGACACGCUACAACAAGGAGCUGUCCAUGGUCAAGAUCCCCAGCAAGACCUCGGCACGGUACCUGCAGAAGAAGUUCAACAAGUCGGAAAAAUACAUCGCAGACAACAUAUUGGUUUUGGACGUAUUUUUCGAGGCUCUCAACUAUGAGACCAUUGAGCAGAAGAAAGCCUACGAGGUGGCUGGCCUGCUAGGUGACAUUGGUGGCCAGAUGGGGCUUUUCAUCGGAGCCAGCAUCCUUACCAUCCUGGAGCUCUUUGACUACGCCUACGAGGUGGUACGGGACAGACUAUUGGACCUCCUGAGUCGAGAGGAUGAGGAGGAGGGUCGCAGAGCAGAUGUGACUUCUUGCGAUCCGGUGGCCAACCACUCUGAGUCCAUCAGCCACAGUGUGGCCGUCCCCCUGCAAGCCACCUUGGAGGAGAUCGCCUGCUGAGGCCACCCCGCUAUGCCCGCCAACCCUUACCCUCUGUCCAUUGUCAGGACAGCCAAUGUGGAGGUGUUAAAAACUGUCUUGAGUCUCAGCAGUGCCAAAUAGGGACAGGCGUGCCUGGUUGGGGUCUGAGUAUGGAGGGACAUGCCUAAACAGUGACUAUCGGCGGCUCAAUGGACAUGUUGGUAACUGCAAAUUACCGAAGCGCAUGUGUCACUCAUACUGUGUCCAUGUGAUGAAUGUACAGCUUCAACUCCGUAUUCCCGUUUCAGCUUUAAAUGGGGUGACCAAUCACUCCUUUUUGUGGGACAAAGAAAAAGAAACAGCCAACCGAGACAAGCAUUUUGGGGGGCACUUUGAAUGAGUCUGCUAAAGACACUAAGGGCGCACUCACAUCAGACUAUCCCAACUAGGAGUGGGAACCUCUUGGUACCUCACAAUACGAUUCGAUACGAUACGAUACAAAGCUCAUGAUAUCGAUGAUCUGACGAUAUAGCGAUACAACGAUUUUCGACACAUUGGUCAGGAAAUCAUUCUAGGAUAUUCUACAAAAAAAAAAAACUAAUAAACAGAAAAACAAGCUUCUGCUAUGAAUUGGAAUGAGUUUAUCACUCGCAAACGUCCAAUGGGAGGGGACGGCAGGGACUUCAAAUGGAUUGAACGUCUCUGGCCGUCAGUAGCAGCCAAUGCCAGGCAUUGAGUUAUUUUGGGCCAUUUAAGGUCAUUUACCUGUUGAUUUUCAGUUACUUCCUGUUGAUUUUGGGGUAUUUUAUGGGUCAUUUGCUGUUUAUUUUGCGUUGCAGAACAGGAAAUGACCUGGGAAUCACCUAAAUAAAUAGGCAGUGACUCAACAGGAAAUGACCUGUAAAUGCCCUAAAAUGAAAAGCAAGUGACCUGUUAAUACCCCGAAAAUCGGACUGAAUGACUGUGAAUGCUCUGGUUUUGAAUGAAGGAACACUCCCAGUCUAAAUGGAUUGGGCAUCGAGCAUCGUCAGUGGCAGCCUUUUUUUUUUUGUUUUUUUGUUGUUGUUUUUUAAAUCAACACCUAUUUAAAACGAUAUCUCGACUCUUGACAGGAGCAUACUGAUAACUUUUUAGGAUACAAAGUACAACGAAAUAUCACCAUUUCGAUAUUUUGUCACACCCCUAAUCCCAACAGUGCAAAAACACGGCAGCUUUCCUACUUUGUGUAUUAUUUCUUGUUUAUUUUUUAUCGUGCAAUCAUUGAUAAUAGACAAGAGAAUCGAUUGCAUUAAUCUAGGGUUGUCAAACGAUUAAAAUUUUUAAUCGAGUUAAUUACAGCUUAAAAAUUAAUUGAUCGUAAUUAAUCGCCAUCUAUCAAAUAUGCCAUAUUUUUCUGUAAGUUAUAUAUAUAUUCUGUAAAAUAAAUUGUUGGAAUGGAAAGAUAAGACACAAGAUGGAUAUAUAUAUAUAUAUUCAACAUACGGUACAUAAGGACUGUAGUGGGCAUUUCACUCUACUGUCAUUUAAAUCUGUCUAUGCUGUCCUCACUCCGAAGCGUCUACUUUUUCCAAAGCUAGACAGCUAGUCAAUGACGCCUUAAUAAUCAGACUUCUUCCUUUUUCAUCUGAUUUAUUAAUAAAAUGGCCUCAAACCAUUGUCCUCUUUAGACCGUCGUAAAACUACAAAAAAAAAAGUACACAAGCAUUGCAUUAGCAACAACGUUAGCUUAGCACGCUAUACAGGUUCACUAAACAUAAACAAAAAGCGUCUCUUACAAAAAAUAUAACAUUUCGCUUACUAACAUAAUAUGUACAUUCUUUACAACAACCAUACUUACGGACAAAUCUUGUCCAAGGAUCAUAUAAGCACAACAUUACAACGUAGGCGUCAGCCCGAGACGUUGUGCAGCCAUAGUGAACUGGCAAGAAAACAAUUAACCAUGUCGCAAAGCGACCACAAGACGACCACAAUACUUCGCUGUUAGACAGCACAAAAAGCCUUGCUGUAAAACUUACCAAAAGGCAGAAUACUGUCUGAGCAGGACAUGUGCGUUAAUUGUGUCAAAUAUUUUAACGUGAUUAAUUAAAAAAAUUAAUUACCGCGCGUUAACGUGAUAAUUUUGACAGCCCUACAUUAAUCACAUGACAUGUACAUUGCGUGUUCGCAUGUUGCCGAGCAUGUUGUGGAUCUUUUUGCCUGUGAAUUAUUUAUAGUGUCUCCCUUUAUUUCUACUGUGCAAAGCGGCAGUUGCUAAAUCAGCGAUAACUUGCAAGUGGAGCAAUCACAUUGUAAGCGUACAUUGUGAGCGAAUGUACGCGAAUGUGGAAUCGACUACAAUAUUUUUUUUUCACUCUGCUAAUUUCAAUGGUGCGCAAUGAUAACUAUCAUUAAUACCUGCCAAGAGGCCACUUGACUUACUGUCAAGUGGGCUUAAGCGUGAUUCCAAUGGCCUAAUGUGAGUGCACCCAGUUCAUACUCCUGCUGUGAUGAAAGACACGCAAGGUGGACUGUGAUGAUUACUGUGAAUUUUAGGCAGGCCAUGUACAAAAAGUUUGUGGUGAUGUCAUUAACCAAAAGAUCCCUGACAAGUUUUCACCAUUUGCUCAGCCUGAAUGCUUUUUUUUUUCCCUUUUUUUUUUUUUUUUUUUUUUUGUAAUGAUGAUGUAAAUAUGUGUAAAGGCACAUUUCCUUUAAGUGACAGUAAAAUAUUUGGGAAUGUUGAGAGAAAAAGAGGGUACAAUUGAGCUUUUACUGAGACUGCCCUCUUUAGUUGCUUUGCUUUGUGGAGUUUUGGGGUCAGGGGGUUAUGUAAUUUGUUUUCAAAAGCUGGAAAAAAAAACAACAUAAAACUUAUUCAACAGACGCUCUGCUAAAGAGUGUCAAAAGCCGCUUUCGGACUGCAGGAACCUUAAAGUACUUAGUUCCUAUUACUGUAGCCCUCUCUAGUCCAGUGGUUAUAGGUCUGCACCAGGGACGCGUUAUUUAUUCGUCACACCCACCUCUGGCAAAAUAAAACCGCGAAAGCUAAGCUGCAAGGAAAAAAGUGAAAUGAAGACAAUCGAGGACACAUUUCUUGCAUGUUUCAAUCGGCGAGCAAAUCCAGCGUCCUACGACGAGACUGGAAGAAGACAAAGAUUUAGUACAAGGUAUUUUUUCAUAAUGGUGGCUCCUCGAAACGCGCAAGUAUGGAAGGGGCGUAGCAGCUGAUUUCAGCGAAUCACCAAACACCUAUGUAAUCGAGUUCCUACGGCCUCACUGAAACUCCCUACCUCAGAGUAGGAACGAAAAUGGUUCACGGAAUUCAAGUUCCUGGUCCCUAGUUUCUACAUGUGCGAACACGCAAAAUGACGGCAUUGUCCCCCAAAAGGUUCUAGGAACUGCAGAUAAUUCCUACAGUGCGUAAGCGGCUCAAUAAUUCAAACUGUAUCUGUCUGCAGCAGUGUUGUUUUCGUCAACAAUGACGAUAACGAAAAUACUUCGUCAAUUUUUUUCAUGACGAUGAUGUCACAAUGACGUGCUGAAAAUGUGGCUUGGGAGACUAGCAUAAGCGGAGUUUAAGGGGGGGCAGGCCCCCCUGGUGGCCAAAAAGUGUCAUUGCAUGUAAAUGACUUUCCUAUAUAUACUGGUAUAUAAAAGUUGUAAAGCAAGAAAACAAAUAACAAAAAUGAAUGAAAUGAACAAAAAAGAUAUUUUAAUAAUGGGUCAAAAUUGUUUUUCGAACAGAUCAUGUGACUAGUACCUUAGACGGUCAUUUGCUUUGCAUAUUAUUUUCAACAACAACAAUAAUAGGGGAGGGCAAUUUUAUUUUUCAAAUGGUUUUUUUCUUUGAUUGAAAAUAUUUUUUUAUGAUUGAAGCAACUUUUUGGGGGAUUGAAUGAUUUAGACACAAAUGUCCUACCCAUAAUAUGGCCCGAACACAAAAAGAAUUGCUAAAAUCAAAGAAAACUUUUUUUAAUGAGAAAUUAAGUGUUCAAAUGCAAAAUUUAUGAGUCUCAAAUAUUUUUUCGAAUUCAAAAACCUUUUUUGUAUGAUUGAAAUUUUUUUUUUGAUUGAUUUUUCUUUUGAAAAUAUUUUUAUUAUGAAGCAACUUAGUUUUUGAUUGAAUAAUAAAUGCAUAAAUGUCCUAGCCAAAAUGUGGCCCAAACACAAAACAUUACUACAAUCAAAAGUUGCUUCAAUCAAAAAAAAAAAAUCAAAUAAAAAUAGCUUUCAAAUGCAUUUUUUUUUUUCAAAUUUACUUUUGCAUUCAAACACAUUUUUUUGAUUGAAGUAAUUUUUUUAAUUGAAAAUAUAUAUUUUGAUUGAAGCAACUUUUUUUUUUUAUUGAAUAAUGAAGACACAAAUGUACCUCCAUAUGGCUCCACCCAGGGGAUACAAUUUUUGACUGAGGUAACCACAUUGGCACGACACCGGCUGGCGUACCAUAUUCAAUGGAUGAUGAUUUUGGCGAAAAGUAUAGCUGUCCUGCUAGCAGCCUGAUUUAGAAUUCCCCUCAAGAAUGAUGGGAACCAAAAAAAAAACAAAACGCUAAUUUUCAACUUAUUAUUAUAAAUAUUCUUGUAAGUUGAUUUUAUUGCUGACACUUUUCACGAUCAUCAACAUGUUGUGCCCCCCCUGCCCCAAAAGUCAAACUCCGCCUAUGACUAGAAUAUAAUGAAACAAACGCUUUUUUUCAUUGGACGAGACGAAAACGAGACAAAAAUGCGACAUAUUUUCUGUCAAAUGCGUGACAUUUUCAUAUUGUACUUGGAGUACGUCAGCUUACAACUUGCUUGUUUGGAAACACGGUAAGAUUUGUUUUCUUAUCUUAGCAAGAAAAGGUAUGCAAUGCUGCUUUAGCCUUUUGAGGUCUCUGCUAAAUGAUCAGCAGACGCUAAAUGUAACUUCUAGCAUUAGUGUAGCAUUCGUGUUAAUAUUAGCUUCAGAAUGGCGAGCGUCCUCUUAAGCAGUCUAAAGCAGAGCUACUUGGCUUUUUUGGUCAGUAAGUCUACAGGAGAGCCAGUUGGCGAAAUGGGGAAAUACUGAUUGAAUACCGUAUUGGCCCGAAUAUAAGACAGUGUUUUUUGCAUUGAAAUAAGACUGAAAAAGAGGGGAUCGUUUUAUAUUCGCGGUCUAAACGUUUAACCCAUUCCUGACACUAGAUGGCGCCAGAUAUCAUUGAAGCGAUGUUCUGUCAUGACAGAUCUCAGCUACUCUCAAGUAUAACCAUUAUUUUAUUGCAAUGUUUUUCCUUAUUCAGAUUUGUUACAAGUCUACAGUUACGGUUAGACUUCACUUUGAUGGUUAAUGCAGUUAUUGCAAUUUUGUUGUUUUAUCAGAAAAGAUUGGUUCAUUUACAUUUCAAAAACAAGAAGCCAUUCAUUUAGGAAUGUGAUUGCACUUUAGAUAUUUAAAUGUUCAGAUAUUAAGAUUUGAAUUUGGCAAAAUGACAUGCUUUUUCUCUCAAAUAUAUUGUCAUAAUCAUUUGUUUCGGAUGUACUGUAGUUAUUUUCUGUAUAAAAAAUAAUUUGGUGUUCAAAAAGUCUUUUUUCAAGCUUGACUCUUGAAAAAGAGGUGGUCGUCUUAUAAUCAGGGCCGUCUUAUAUUCGGGCCAAUACGGUAGUUGAAAAUUUUUUAAAAAUCCCAAAUUUCCCCAGUGUUAAAUGAAAAAUGUCUUUACAUAAUUUGUGGUUUCCAGAUGGGUUUAACUGAAAAUGAUGUACUGUUUUUUCCUGCUCAGUGUGUGUUAUCAUCACCAAGUUGGCAUUGUCCUUGUAGACACUAUUAGUGGUGUCCAAACUAUUCCACAUAGGGUUUUUGUUCAAACCCAUCAUGAGGACAAGCUUUCACCAAUCUGGUGUCUCACAAGUGUAAUCAGUUGAUUGCAGUCAGGUGCUGCUUGUUUUAGCACAAAUGUCUUUGGUUAAACUGUCUGUGCUCGAUUGGGAGGGACAAAAACCAGGACCCACAGCGGCCCUAGAGGACAGGUUUGGACACCCAUGCAAAUAUGUGCUCGUCUAUGUUCAUUCGAAAUUGUUGGAAACCUUUAUUUACAGUGCUGCUCAAAAGUUUGUGAACCCCCUCAACAUUUUGGAAUUUUCUAUUAUUUCAACCUGAUUUCCUAAUCAAUCAAUUCAGUAGUUUUUUUUUUUGUUUUUUUAACAGUUGUGUUGUCGAGACUAAAUUAAAAAGAGUUUUCAUCAACUGAUGUAGGUGCAAAAUUGAACUGUUUGGUCACAACCAAAACCGCCAUGUCUGGCGAAAAGUCAACACUGCAUACCACCAAAAGAACCUUCUCCCAACAGUGAAGCAUGGAGGUGGGAAUGUCAAGAUCUGGGCUUGCUUUUCAUCCUCAGGACCUGGACAACUCCACAUAGUCCAGGGAAUCAUGAAUUCUGAGGAAUAUUGUCAAAUCCUAGAACAUAACCUGACGCCAUCUGUUUUGAAGUUAAAGCUUGGCAGAAGGUGGAUCAUGCAACAUGAUAAUGAUCCAAAGCAUUCCAGCAAUACAACCAAGGAAUGGCUGAAAAAGAAGAAGAUUCGUGUUCUGGACUGGCCCAGUCAAAGUCCUGACCUAAAUCCCAUUGAAAUGCUGUGGCGGGACCUGAAGCGAGCAGUUCAUGCCAGACGCCCAUCAAACCUCUCUCAACUGACUGCGUUCUGCAAGGAAGAAUGGGCAAAAAUCCCCCAAAGUAGAUGUGAGAGGCUGAUUAGUCACUACAGAAACCGUUUGGUUGAGGUAAUCUCUGCAAAAGGAGGCGCAAUAUCCUAUUAACUGAAGGGGUUCACAUACUUUUGCACACAUGAUAUCUGAGUUUUUCUUAAAUCAACCACUUUUGUUAAAUAAAGAAUGACAAUAUAACAAUUUCUUUUGUUUCAGUCCAUUAUUUAGAAUGUCAGUAUUGUGGAUUUGGGUAUAACUUAACAUUUAAUAAGGUUAUUUUAGUUUUUUUUACAAAAAAUCUGACCAUCGCUGUGGGGUUCACAAACUUUCGAGCAGCACUGUAUUUUGGGACAAAAACUUUGGAGUUUUUCUAGACAAAAACAGUAACCGUCGUCUAAAACUAGACGGAAUUUGUAUGAGAUUCCGUCGACUUAGACUAAAUGGAAACGGACACAUUUCAAAAUGACUAAACUAUGACUAAGACUAAUAAGGAUUUUGGUCCGAAAGACUAAGAAUAAAAAUAAAAAUUAAAAGGGCUGCCAAAAACAACACUGGUCUGCGGCUUGGAAGACGGUGGCGCGUCUGGUCAUAGGUCACGAUGAAGCGCUAAAGAUGCUAAUAAAACACAUCACAACAAGCGCCAACGAUAACCACAACGGUUGUUACAUAAAUGUACUAUAUUUAUAAACAACUCCUAUUUGCAUUUAACCCACUAUCAAAUUUGUACUUUUCAGCUAGAUUCUUGUGCCUAAAAAUCAUUAGCCAACUAGGUAGCUUCCGCUAACUUCCGCUAGGCACCUCAUUGACGUGGUUGAGGUCAGGGUUACCUAUUGGGUUAGCUGUUUCCAGAUGCGCCCCAUUCUUGGAAGCCGCAGAAAGACCCUUGUCAAGAAUUCUGCUCUUUGCUAACCUCCUGACUGCCAGCGUUUAGUGGUUGUGGCUUAGCAAAGGCCAGCACUUCAUGUGGAAUAUUUUUUCAUGUUGGUGAUUUCCCCUCACUGCCAUCAUCCCAGCAUGGUCUCUUUGCCAUCUCGCUCAGAAUUAAUUAAAAACCACACUUUUAAAUUCGUUUUUUUCCCUCCAUCAGCUGCGCUUCAAAGCCGCCGUCUUCGUGUUCCGCCUCGUGUCGCCCGUGAGCACCACCUGGAACUGCUCGCUGUGCUCUGGCGGCGUUUUGUGCCACUGUCUCAACAUUUUGUGUGUGUGAUUUCAGUGUGGAACCAUUAAAUUACACUUUUUUUUUUUUGCAAAACUAGUCUUCUUCUUUUUGCUGUUACAUUUUGUUGUUGUUGGGGUUUUCACCCAAUUGACCCCAAAUUCUUUUUUUUUUUUUUUUUAAAUCAGCAUUUCUCCCCAAAUUUCCCAUUGUAGGAUCUAUGGAAGUAAAAUUAUCCGUCAAAAAAUCUUGACCUUUUCAGUCGUGUUUUAAAGGGAUCCACAGAUUAAAAGACUUGUAGUUCUUAAAAUAUAAACGUUAUUAUGAGUUAAAAUAAUUUGAUAUUGAAACCCCUCUUGAUGUUUUCAUUUUUAUACAAUUUGCUAAAUUAGUUCACCUAGUAGGUCGCCAUUGUUGUUGACGUUGGAGGGCGGUGACGUCACACGAUUACGCUGCCGGCUUCCAUUGUAUGACUCUAGCGACAUAAACAUGUCAUCUGUUUAACCCUUUCAAUUUGAACCCCAGAGGAACAUAAAUGAGCAUGACAGCACUGUUGAUAUUUCACAAAACGAGCAGCAAAAGCAAAAUGAACAGAAAAGACAGGAUGAGACGAGACGAUGAGUUGGAGAAAAAAACGGUGUUCUGCAAAAAUGUGCUACACCAGUAUAAUGUGCUACAAGAGGUCAAGGGCGUAGGUUUGGUCUCAAUGUUGGUAGGGACAAUAUAACCUUAAUCAUAACCUGAAUGUACACAUUUUGCUGGGGACGGUACAUUAAUAAAACUAAACAGUUUGGGGGAACGGCGGUCAGGGCUACAUUUUUGUCAAAUAAGAACCUAAUUAAUAGAUAGCCUUGAUGAAUGAUGCGAAAUAAAUCUGUAAUGAUCUAUACCAGGGGUCAUAAACCUAUGGCUCGCGAGCCAGAUAUGGCUCUUUUGACGGCUGCAUCUGGCUCGCAGACAAAUUUAAAAAAUAAAAUUUUUUAAGUUUCGUUAUGUAAUGAGAGGGCGCUUGAACCUUGGGGAAAACGGGCGGGCGUAAGAGCCACAGGGGAAGCGUUAAAAAUAGAGACCAGUAAGGGGCGCUCACAUUUUUUCCUUUGGCAAGCCAGUGAUCAGGCGACAUUCGGGACCGGUGCGGCAGUGGAAAACGCAAAAUGCGUCUGCUGAUGCGUCUCGCAGUUGAUUUAAAUAAUAGCUAUGCAUCCGUAGCGUGGUGCAGACAGAGUUGAAAUGCUUUAGUCUGUUUCUACACAUUUAAUUUUAUUUCCAUUUUUCUUGUACAGCUAAAACAAGAUAAAAACAACACCGUCCGUCUCGCAUUGCCGCACACAGACGGCUCAUUUCGUAUUCGUUCUAAAAUGCUAAUUCUUAUAUAAUUAUAUUAAUAAACACUUUUUCUGUGUCAUUUAACUUCUGCAUUUUAGACACUACUAGCAUUCACUCCUCGUCCGCGCGCCAUUACGAACACAUCUGCAGUCAUACAUAAACAUAAAGAUCAACAUAUUUCUGAACUCUAUUAAAGCACAAUACAUAUCACAACCAUCCUAAAAUAAAGCAAUCCGCUAAUAUACACAGUCAAUUUAUACUCUUUUUCUCACCUGAAACAAGAAAAAAAAAAAUACUUUUAACAACGUCCAUCUCGCAUUGCUGCACAGACGGCUCUUUUCUUAUUCGCUCUCAAAUGCGGACAGUUAUUGCCCAUGCACGCCAAGAAGCCAACACUGCCCCCUACUGGUUUAAAACCGUAAGCACAACAGUCUUUUUAGACUGAAACUUGUGUAUUUUGCACAAACACAACAAAAUAAGAUUAAACAUUUUAAACAUAGGUUGAAUCUUUCUGUGGACACAACAAAAUAUUAAAAUAACUAUUGUAAUAUUAUCUAAUUAUUAUUUAAAAAGAAUUCAGAGACUUAUUGUACUUUCAAAGUGUUGAAAUUACAUAAAAUGCACAUAUUACUUGUAUUUUUAGUUUUAAACAUAUUGUAUGGCUCUCACAGGAUUACUUUUAAAAAUCUGUGGUGUUCAUGGCUCUCCUGGCCAAAAAGGUUCCCGACCCCUGAGCUAUACUAACUUUCACGCUGCAAAUUUACAGUAUAACGUCUUAAUCUGUUAUUUUUUCUUGAAUAUAGUCAAAAAUGUUCAUCUUGUUUGAGUUUAAAUAUUACCAUUUGUUCUCACUAAGCCUAUACAUCUAAAAAUCUGUAAUUUUUCACCUAAA